AUGUCAUCAGUCUGCGCUGAGUCGACGGGCAACCCUGUGUUGUCUCUUACUGAACAGUUCUUUCGAGAUGUUGGUAUUGCUUCAUCUUCAUGGAAUAUAGGACAAGGGGGGAACACGGCAAACUCUUUUCGUUCCACUUCAAACUUCGAAGAAGCGUGGAAAAACAGCAGUGGGACGACCAAGUUUGAUGAUUGGAAUCAAAUCAUUCAACCCCAAAGUGAAUUUGAAAGUGAAUGGCACGCGACCGAGUUUGCGCUUUCCGAGCAAGCGAUGGAAGACGACGAGGAAUUUCGUCAAGAGUGGAGUGAUGAACGAUUAACCGAGUUGUAUAUCAAGAAGCACGGCUUGGACAAAACCCAUAAUGACAAUGACAAUUACAUGCGUUCACACACCAGAACGCGAUAUUCUCAAGAGAAUUCUUUUAUUCAAGAGUUUUUAGAGAGUAGUACGUGCCAUGACCGACAAUUUUCACGAGAGUAUUCUACAUUUACGACUAAUAAUAUCACCACAUACAUCACCCAACACAAUGAUUUGUUCCAAGCUCAACUCUAUCUCUUUGAUCAUAUUCUUUCCAACGUCCUAUCAUAUCCAUUGUCAAUAACUUGUAGACCCUCAUCCGAAUCCGAAUGGGAUUGGGAUAGACUAUUUUCUCCGUCGAGGUGGUGUGAAAAAGGAGAUAAGGAGGAAGAAGAGAUAGCUCAAGAUAAAUAUCUCAAAGAUGUGGCUUCGAGAAGAUUACAGCUUUUGUUUGGACAUCUCGGUAUUCAAACUGAAAAUGGAGUGGAGGAUGGGAAUAUGAAUCUCAUGGGUCACGAGAUACGCGUAGCACUUUAG